ACGUCACAAACGCGCCCAUCGCUGCUCCGCCUGUCAGCUGUCGGACUCGGCUGUAGUGGGUCACGUGACAGUUGUGACGCAGCGCUCUGCAGCGACGUGGUGACAUGGCGCCUGGGACACCCUGACAGCCAAUAGCACCGGCAACUGGACACAGGAACCUUUCUAGUAAAACAAAGGCAAUAAAGCACCUGUAAAGAUGGGGGCCAACAGCAGUACCAUUAAGGAGCUGUCAGAAAAUGAAUACCUGAAGAAACUUUCUGGAACGGAUUCUAUUUCUGAAAAUGAGCCCUUCUGGAACCAGCUCCUUUCCUUCACUCUUAGCACCCCUACUAACAGUGCCGACUCAAAGCUCCUGGAAGAGGGGACUCUUUCCAUCUGCAAGUCAUUAAUUGAGAAUAAUCCGAGAACUGGCAACCUAGGGGCUUUAAUCAGAGUCUUCCUCAGCCGAACGAAAGAAUUGAAAAUAUCAGCAGAAUGUCAGAAUCAGCUCUUCAUCUGGCAGGCUCACAAUGCUCUCUUCAUAAUUUGCUGCUUAAUCAAAGUGUUCACAAGCCAAGUAUCAGAAGAGGAGCUGCUCCUUCACUUUACAUAUCGGGCAACUGACCCUGGAAACUAUGAAUCAGAUACAGAAGAUCUCUUUGAAGAAUUAUUAUUCUGUCUUAUCCAGCUCAUUGUGGAGAUUCCUCUUCUAGAUUUAACCUACAGUAUCUUGCUGGAAGCUGUCACUGCUCUGAUUGUGCUGCUGUCCUAUCAGCUGUUCCACAAGGAUAUUCUCCAUGAAAGUCCCAUACACAAGCACUUGAUGAACGGCCGAUGCCUCCCGUACACAAGCAGGCUGGUGAAGACUCUGCUGUACAACUUUAUAAGGCAGGAGAAAAGCCCUCCUCCCGGCUCUCAUAUUUUCCCGCAGCAGCAGGACGGAGGAGGCCUCCUUUAUGGGCUGGCAUCUGGCGUAGCAAGUGGCAUUUGGACAGUUUUAACUUUAGGAGGGGUCGGUAGCAAACCAACCCCCCAGCAAGAACAGUCGUCUCCUCUUGCCAACCAGAGUCUUCUCCUGCUCCUGGUUCUCUCCAAUUUGACUGAUUCCCCAGAUUGUCCCAAUCCAUUCAGGCAAUCUGUUACGUUCUUCAAGAACACCCAAGACAGCUCUGUUUCACCCACCCCAAAUCCUCACUCGUUUCAGAUAAAUUUCAACAGUCUAUAUACCUCUCUUUGUGAGCAGCAAAAGUCUGAUCAGGCGACUCUCCUCCUAUACACAUUAUUGCACCAAAAUAGCAAUGUGAGGACGUACGUUCUCGCGCGGUCUGACAUGGAAAACCUUGUUUUGCCCAUAUUGGAAAUCCUCUAUCACGUGGAAGAGCGCAAUUCCCACCACGUUUACAUGGCUCUCAUCAUUCUUCUCAUCCUUACAGAAGAUGAUGGUUUCAAUCGCUCCAUUCACGAAGUGAUUUUGAAAAAUAUUACAUGGUACACAGAGCGGGUGCUGACUGAAAUUUCCUUGGGAAGUCUCCUUAUAUUAGUGGUGAUCCGAACCAUCCAGUUCAACAUGACAAGAACCAGGGACAAAUACCUCCAUACUAAUUGCUUGGCAGCCCUGGCCAACAUGUCGGCUCAGUUUCGCUCACUUCAUCAGUACGCGGCCCAACGGAUAAUCAGUUAUGCCUGCCGCCACUUGCGGAGAUAUUUAUAUGUCCUGGACAAACUCUAUUUCCCUCACUCGCACUGCUCUACGCUGCACCAUUGCUUCUCGGCUCUCAGUGACAAUGGGGAGGAACUCUUGUCUCUCACUUGCUCCCAUAUACUCAGAUCCUAUGCUUCCAGUUUGUUUUCCUUGCUGUCUAAAAAACACAACAAAGUUCUGGAGCAAGCCACCCAGUCUCUGCGAGGAUCCCUUGGCUCCGACGAGUCGCCGCUUCCUGACUACGCCCAAGAUCUGAAUGUCAUUGAAGAAGUGAUCCGGAUGAUGUUGGAGAUAAUCAACUCCUGCCUAACCAAUUCGCUCCACCAUAACCCUAACAUGGUAUACGCCUUGCUAUACAAACGUGAGCUCUUUGAGCAAUUUCGGAGUCAUCCUUCCUUCCAGGACAUCAUGCAGAAUAUUGACAUGGUGAUUAGCUUCUUCAGCUUACGUUUGGAGCAGGCUGGAGCCGAUCUGUCAGUGGAGAGAGUUCUGGAAGUGAUCAAGCAAGGAGCCGUGGCAUUGCCUAAAGACAGACUGAGAAAAUUCCCGGAGCUGAAGUUCAAGUACGUGGAAGAAGAGCAGCCAGAGGAAUUCUUUAUCCCCUAUGUUUGGUCCUUGGUGUAUCACUCGGGAGUUGGGCUCUACUGGAAUCCUCAGGACGUCCAGCUCUUCACCAUGGAUUCCGGUUGACAAGUAAUUCGGGUCAAGCGAAAUUCCACUCUGUCUGCUUGAGCGCAUGGAGUGACAUAUUCCUCGGCACUGUUACCUCCCACCAGAGAACCUGACUCUGGAUAUCCCAGAAGCCCCUGCGCCUAUCCUGCCCUCCGUCACAGGCGUUUUUCUCUUGUUGUUGUUAUUAUUUUGCUUCCCCCGGCUCAAUGGGAACUUCUAGGAAAGGGAAUGUCCCUCAUACAAAGUAUAAAUUGCAUAUUAUUCAUGUGUUCUAUUUUUAUUAAACUGGAUAAUAAUUGCUAGAUAUUUUUAGUAUUUGCCACUCACCUUCCUUCAGGUAAAUGCCUCCAGCUUUUGGGUCUCUCACUGAAACAGGGACAUUGAGGAGGAUCCUGCGGUCUCUUGGAGUACAACUCCCAGUAUCCAGCUGACAGCCAGAGGAUGCAGGGAGUUGCAGCCCCAUAACUGCUGGAGGGUCCCAGUCUAAAUCCUGCCCUAUAAUAUUAAGGCAAUGUUUUUUUAUUUUAAUUUGUUAGAGAGGUGGCGAGUAAUGUUUCACAUGAUAAAGGAUGAUGGUAUUUCUGAUAUUUGGGUUCACUUGAUUCAAUAAAGCUGUGAAGUUAUCCGAUUGCAAGCUCAUGUUCCUAACAUGCAAAAGUAUUCACACCCCUGAGCAAUUCUCUGAAUACUAAAUCCUCCAAGAGAACUCAAAAUUAUGGUUUUUCGGUAACGGGACCUUGUUGUAUCCUGAGUAAUAUCUAUAGAAAACAAAGACGAACCGGUCAUCCAAUGCAACCAGAGAACCUGUCAUCCAAUAAAAAGGAGAGAACCAGUCAUCCAAUGAAACCAGAGAUCCGGUCAUCCAAUGCAACCAGAGAACCUGUCAUCCAAUAAAAAGGAGAGAACCAGUCAUCCAAUGAAACCAGAGAACCGGUCAUCCAAUGAAACCAGAGAACCUGUCAUCCAAUAAAAAGGAGAGAACUGGUCAUCCAAUGAAACCAGAGAACCGGUCAUCCAAUGAAACCAGAGAACCUGUCAUCCAAUAAAAAGGAGAAAACUGGUCAUCCAAUAAAAAGGAGAGAACCAGUCAUCCAAUGAAACCAGAGAACCGGUCAUCAAAUGAAACCAAAGAUCCGGUCAUCCAAUGAAACCAGAGAACCGGUCAUCCAAUGAAACCAGAGAAUACUUUUGCAAGUGCAUAUAAACUCCUUGGAUUCUGUUGUAUAACAGAUCUCAUUUACCAACAACAAAGUUAUUUUGGGUUACGAUGGCAGCGGCGGAUUCUUUGCUUUUAGUUUCUAUUUAUUUAUUGAUAUACAUUAAAUUUAAUGUUACAAAUACAAAUUCCAAAUUAUUUUGAUUUGGAAUUUGAACGGCUGUCUUGUUGCUAAGGCCGCCUUGUACCCUAGCAACCAGGCAGUGGUCAAUUGUCAGACCGGAAGAUGAUUAGGAGAAGGUGUACAUGUGCCCGUGUGUUAUACAUAUAUGAUAUAAAGUUAUACAGAUUGGA